AUUGAAUUCAUUCUUGAAUCCAACAUAGUAAGCUGCCGUCAAGAAUGCACUCUCCGAGACCAUAAUUUUCCUGCAUCGGUCCAGUUGGAGAUCAUCUGCCUCCGAAUCUGUACGACCUUAAGUCGUCUGCACAUUUCUUAAGCUUAGUACAGUUGGAAAGAUUAUUUUCUGCCUUCACAUGGUUUGGUUUCUGGAAUGAACGGUCGAUUUGGACUUGCCUGUGUACUAGUGCAUGUGUUUGAUCUUGGAAGGACGUGUAAGAUCUUGGAUUGCAAACCUCUUCUUGCCAGAAACAGACUUUUGGUGCGUAGAUAUUCUAAGUUUGUAUCCUCCUGCGGAUGUGGUCGCUAUGGGUGGGUUUUAGCGAAGGUGAAGCAUUGGUGUGGUGAAGGGGAUUUGUUGUUAUUUAUGGGACAGGGAUUCAUGGACCCUUUAAGUUGGUUGAGGAGACUCCAUGAAGAACGGUGGAGGCUUGUGGAAGUUCAUGAAGAGAUCGUGGACUUCCUCUUGUGCUUCGUCGGGGUAUGCAGAAAUGUAUAGAGAGAGAAGUUGGUGACUGGGGAGCGAUGACAGUGGCGACAAGGUCUCCAAGGGUGCAUCGAGGUUCAGCUUUGCCACCAGGAGUUCCUCCUCAUAUCCAUUUCAUUGAUCCCCACAUUUCGAUUGUUUUUUUUCGUCGACUCAAACCCUCAUGUACUGGGAAAUAUAUUAAUAUGCACUUGGGCAAACAAUCAAGUGCCAUGGUCAAUCCUCUUGGUUAGGAAUGAAAGCUGCUGCUCCGAUAGUAAUGAUCAGCGGGAAAUCAGAAUCUUUCAUUCAUUUUUCUGUUGGAUGGUUCCGAGGCCAACUGGCCUAGUAACAUUGAGGUGUUUAAAGUUAACUGGGUCUUAAGGAACUCAUUUUUCAUGGAAAUUGUGAUACAUUUGAAAUCCAUUGAUGUUUUAAUGAAGAUUACGGAUUAGCUUUGUUAGGAGUUCCUUCUCUGCAGUCAUGAUUUUGAAUUAGAUGCAUCCUUGACAACACGGCACCCAAAAAAGGAGAGCUGCACAUGCGAGUGGAAGGAUUCGAGUGGCAAAACUCGGAGUUCGAAGCUCGGCCUCCAGUCUGCUGUGGCUUGCUUAUCUCCUGGUGGGGUGAAGCCAACCAUAACAGCCUGCUGAUGCCGUUGUCUGGGGCUUUUUCUUGUUCUCCAGCAACUGCCGUAUACUCCGUGCACUCGACCGCCAAACAUUUUGAAAUGUAUUUGCAUGACAUGGGAUAUCUCGAGUUGACAGUAGUCAAUGGGAACACAUCUGUCGAGCUGAUAGAUGACUCACACAGCACACUUGGAAAGCUAUCAGUGAGUGUUUCGAGUUUGGCUGAGGGACACCCUGUGCGUGGUUUCUAUCCGAUUUUUGCUGAUGGCCACCAGCUCAUCGGUUCAAUUACUCUGAGUAUCACAGUCACAUUUUACAAUUGUGUAACUGACGGUGGUGCCAAAUCUUUACACGAAUCAAUUGGACACGGAACGUACACCACAUUCGAGAAGGGAAACCCUCACAGAAUGGCAAAUCACAGUGUUUUAGCUGUUGAAAGGAAUGGAGAGCUUGUGCCUGCGAACAAAUCUCUUCGUGUAUGCCCUCCACCUUUUCUUGGGACUCUGAGGGAGCCUAUGCAAAGAGAUGUAAGUCUCAACCCUUAUUCACCAUCGAACUCAGAGCGGAGCGCUGCAUCACCAGUGCUUGACCGUGAGUUUAAGUUCGAGCAGCACCCGAUUGAAUUGAGUGAGAGCUUUACCAUUGAAGAUGCUGUGCAAAAACUCAUGAUUAAAAGGCUGCCUCGCUCCAAGCCGAAUUUGUCCUCCGAGUCAGGGAUAACCCCUCCAGCUUCACGAGGUGAUGGCUCUACACCCCACCAACGAAAGAUAGCUCAUUGCAGUGCUGAUAAUCCAUAUUUAAAUCCAUCUUUUUGUGAAUUAGACGAACUAGAAGGUGAGAUGGCCUAUUCACUGUGCGGAAGUGAUGACUCAAGCUUGUCUUGUGUCAUAUCAAAGUCCGCGCGUCUUAUUAAAAGUCUUGCUGGUGAAUCAAGUGUACAAGAUGGUGUUGAUUCUAUCAAUCUGCCAUGGACGGAGACGGCGUUCAAGGAUUUGAGUUUGAACGGCUCUCAUAAAAUCAUGUUAGAUAAGGUGCAUGACCUCCUCUUUGAGCCUGGAAAGCCACCUUGCAAGGCUGGAAAAGUGGAUGGCUAUUCCCUGGUACAUGAAAAAAAUGCCGAAGGCAACAAAGUUAAGCAUACCGUGCACGAAAAACAGUUGAGUAUUUUGGAUUCGACAGAGACGGUACGGAGGUUGAUUGAUAUCACAAGUGAUUCAGCUGUUAACGCAGUUGAAGAGUACCUGAAAUGUACACCUAAAAGUGAUGUUGGUACAACAGAGAGUAUAAGGAGCUUGAUGCAUUCUUCAAAAGAUUCUUUGGACGAUGCAAUUGAAGGAAAUAAGGAACACAGACCACGUAGUGGCAUACGGGUGCCGCAACCACCGGAGUUCUGUGCUGAUGAAUCUAACAGGGGAGGACUGUCAGAAUUGCUUGUGUCAUCACUCUCAACUGUUCCACGCUCUACAUAUCACAUCACUGAGAAUUCAGUGUUUACACCCAACAUUAAUGUUUGGAGAGUGAGAGACGAGAAGCUUGUGCGUCAGGAAGUAAAAGCGAGGACCUCUGUUCAAAGAAGAUCUUCAAUUGCGACAACUCUGUCGCCAGGAACCCGCCCCCUGAUUCCUGAAGUGAAUUUUGGUUUUGAUCCCGGUGGAAAGCAACAGUCUCUAAUAUCAUCCAUUCCAACAGUCAAUCCGAAAAGGGACAAUCACUUGACUACUGAGUUAAGUAGUUGCCCGGCAGAUCUUCAAGAGUUCUGCAAUUCAAAAGGAAAGAGUGGCUCCUCUUCACAACAUCGCUCAUCAGAGCCACAUACUGGCUUCGAGAUGGAUCAAUCAGGAAAGAAGCAGCCCCCUCGCCCAUGUCCGAGCCCUCAAUCUGUAAUUGACGACAUAAACCAGCUAAUAAUGAAAGCGGAGGCAUGUCGAGAUACCUUGAAGCAGUCAAAUUUAUUUAAGGCACAGUCAAUGCCUCCUCCAAUCAUCCCCUUCGCAGGAAACAGCCGGCCGAGCAUGCCACUUGAUGGUCACCAAUGCGACUUUUACAGCGGUGCAUAUGCUUUGUUGGACAGGAUCCUUGCAGACGACAACAAACGCGAUGAUGGUGACGAACAUAAAACUAAGGUGCUCAUAGACGAGGAUCUUGACACGGAUGAUGAGCCUGAUCAUGCCAGUGACGUUAUGAAGAGAGCUUUACUUGAAGCUUUAUAUUUGGAUAAUGAUAAUGCUUUCAACGAUUCUUCCAAUGUGGCAAUGGAACAUUCGCUCAGUGAAACGAGCUUGGACGAAAUUCAACUCAAGGUUGAGGUGGGUAGGAGAAAAAACUACUGGUAUGAUGAGUGCAUGAAAUCAAGGGAUAGUGGAUUGAAAAAUAUUAAGCACAGGCAUGAUGUCACUAUGAACGCAUCAAAAUAUGAUGACAUGCUUUCUUACUGUAGCAUUCCUGCACAGCCGGUGAACUUUCCAUGGUCGAAGCAAUGCCAACCUUUCACCUUGCAUGUUGCGAUUGGUAAGCUUGUGUUGUGUGGGCCGAUGGUGAGAGAUUUGGCCGAUUCUAGACCCUCCAAGAUAUCAUUUCGUACCAUAGAUUCUGUAACACAAUCUAUGUGCACUUGCUCAUUGACAAUCUCCUUUCCGACAUUCAUUCCACCCUACUCCUCCAAACAAAGAAUUAGCAUCUCCCCAGUUUUGUUGGGCACGCGUGAGGCUGUGUUUGACCACCAGUCCCAGCUAUCCUGGAGACUACUCCCUGGUCUUAAUCUAAAAGAUUGGCAGUCUCGAAAUCUCCAUGUGACUGUUCUGUUCACUUGGCAGCACUUGGAUAAUCUGGAAUGUGAGGGCACUUUAUCGUUAGAGAAGGUUGUGGCUGCAAUGCCUGGUAUUUUUAGAACCAGCCUGGCCCUCACGAUUAUAACUCGUCAAGGACUCAAGAGAAGCAAGUCAGGUAAUCCUUCUAGACGACAAUGUAGCUCGAAGGUUGGUGAGAAACAGAAAGUUGAACCGAGGCCGAAGCUUUCUCUAGGAUUAAAGAAGAAAUUUUUGGAGAACCAUGAGAGAAGCACUUCUCUUCAAAAGGACGUAGCAGCAAGAGUGGAGGUCAUGCUGCAUCUGACCCAUGACUAUCCAAUAUCUGCAAACAAGCGUGCACAUUCUGAGGACACCGAUGAACCUCGGAUGGAAAGACCAUUGAGCAGCCCCAGAAUGAAGCCGUCACCUUCACGCGUGAUCAGGAAUUCUGAUCCCAUGGAAGGCAAUAUCCAAGGCAAUCCCCAGGAUUGGUGGUUGCAUGUCACUUUGCACGACAUUGUCAACUGUUUUCAGAAUAUAUUGACCAGCGAACAACUCUCGUCGAAAAAGAAAUUACGGGCCCCUCAUUUGGUUCUGGUGUUCAAAUCUAGUCCAGAGCUGAUGGUCCAAGCCCCCUUCCCCAUGAAGUUGAACCUGCAUAAUCGGAGCCCCGGCAAAACCACGAAUACAGUUUUGCGAGCACCUGUGCAGCUCUUGAAUAAUAGAAAGGCCAUCAUGUUCAUUGAGGUGAAUAGUUUUCACACUUAAAUUUCGUACGCUUCUGAUAGUGGUACUGCAUGACGGCACAUAUUUUGAUCAGACCGAUACUCAGAAAAUUAACACUUCCAAAACAAUUAAUUCAAGGUAGGAUGUAGCGUUCGGAGUAAUACUUAGACUAAGGUUUAUAUUCCUAGCAGGUGUGGCAUGACGCAGGAGUGAAUAAUGGCUCUCAUGAUCUUGGACUGCUUGCUGGCUUGAUAGAGGUCCCUUUGACGAUGGUUCCCGGCAUUGCAUCUCCCACUAAUGACUUGCAUAGAAUCGCUGCCAAAGGUGGCGAGGUUGUUGGAGAGGGUCUGCACCAACUGUUUGAUCCUUUGAAGUGCGCUAAAUUGGGGAGUGUAAUGGUCGUGGUAACGCUCGGACUGAGCUACCAAAUGCAUCGGCUGAGGAAAGCUCACAGAGCGGCUACUGUCAUACAGCGCAGUUUUAGAGAGUUCUUAACUAGACGACUGAGACCACAUAAAUCUAUCGAAAUCACUCGUUUCUGGGAAGCAGGGAACCAGAGAAUUGAGAUUAAUUGAUAGCUUUUUAUGAAAAAGUUGAAACGUGAGUGUACAUGCAAGUAAUAUGUAUUUUGAUGUGAUUUUCAGAACAAUCACAAGACUUUAUGUUAGGCCUCGGUACGGCACAGCAUUCUGAAA